GUUACUAACAUUUCCUGAUAUCAGGCAGCUGCAAACAUUAAGUGGAAUUUAUAUAAUGAUGUUUCCUCAGGUCUAUCUAACUGAACUUUGAGCAUAGCUGUCAGGACAGGAGGAUCUGUUACAUUUCAAAGAGGACAGUUAUAUUCAAUAAAUUCCAUGACAAUAAUAAAAAGAGGGCACUUGCACACAGGAAUCGGAAGCUCUAAGUUUUAUUGAGCAUCAUUUUGUUAACAAUCUGCCUCAGGCAAAAACAAAUGUGAAGGAAAUGUACAAAUGAAAUUACAUUUCUGUUCCAGAUCCUUAAAUUUGUGAUAUAAUGGUCAUUGAGAGAGAGAUAUAUCAUAUUUACAGCCAAAACUGAUACCUCAUCGAUUCUCAUUGAAACAUCACAACCGGAAAAAUGUAUAUAUUAUGUGUACUGACAAUAUAAGGAUGUCAUGCAGCUGAUCCAAUGUGCAAGAGUCCAGUGCAUGCCUCACCAGACAUUAUAUACAAAAAAGAAUCAAACGUAAGGAAGCUGUGUGGAUAGGUGCAAAUCACUGCAUCAGCAAAAUGCUAGAAAUAAGAAUGUAUCUCAAAAAACGACUGAUGUGUAAAGUGUAACAAGUUUCUUGACUCACAUAAUAUCAAGAGCUGUGGGGAAAUUUAUGGAAUCAUGGAAAAUGCAUUUCCUGUUCAGAUGCUAAUUAUUAUGACUCAUACCUCCUGAUUAUAUUACCUCUGCAUCUAUAUAAGGUUUGAUUGUGAAUAUAUGUCACUCUUGAAACGGUGAAUGAAUUCAGUCUUCUCAGUAGAUGGUGUUUCCUGUUCAGAGACAUGAAGGGGAUCUGACAGGUUCAACACAAAGCUCCAGCUUAUGUGGUUUCUUAUUGACACACAGCGACUCAGUUCUAUUAAACAUGGUCACAACAGCGCAGCGUCCGUGUUGCCUCCAACAGAUAAAUGCGCUAUGAUUGUGCAGCGGUGUGUAGGCACUUAAAGACACGUGUUCUUUUUUUCCUUUUUACACAACAAAAACGUGAACCUGGAAGACAGCCCUCUUCUUCUUUUUCCGUGCUGGACUCUGUGUGUUUUAUAAUUAGAAACACACAAUGACACACACACACACACUGCAUAGAUGUUGAGGCUGGGGCUGGGUGACAGCAGGUCCAGCAUCAUGUCAAUUGGCGGGUUGGUGUGGCGGCAGCGGCGGUGGGAUUAAAACUGUGCUCCGGUUCAGAGAGGCACCACACACACACACACACACACACACACACACACUGUAUGUGCGGCUCGCUGCAGGUUUGGCUCUUUCGCCCCGCGCACAUGUUUCGAUUCCACCCAUCGGUGUUUUUAACGCCGAGUCCAGACUCAUUGUUUACAUCCACUCUGCACGGUGUUUGUCUGCGGGCAUGCGCAGCGCGCUCCCGGACCCCUCCCCCACUCAGUUAGUUAAGCCAGCGCUAUUUCAAAGCGUCGCUCACUUGUGGAAAACGGUCUCCUGGCCCCUGAUAACCUGCUCCACACUCUGUGGGGACUGUUUCCCCCCUUGGUGCAGAGCCGCUGCAGAUGUGCAUGUGUGAUAAUGUGGCGGCAGCUCUGCUCUGUGCUCUGCUCUGUGCUGUGCUUGGUUUGGGGUUUACAGAGACCGAGCUGUAAGUAGGUCGGGCUGGGCUUAAGCGGCUUAGCUACGUCAGACUAAGCUGGGAGGAAUUCAUCCAAAGCCCUCCGUGGUAGGCGGGGGCCUAAACGAGGCUGGCCUAGUUAAGCCUGAUUCUUAUUGUGUGCAGCACAGGCUGUUUUUUGUUGUGCAACGUAGCUGAGAGGGGAGCCAGGAGUAGUGUCGGACUCCAUGCACAUGUUAGACAUAGCUUAGGUUUGAUUCAGAGAAGAAGAGGUGGCACAUGAGGCAGGUAUGGGAGUUAGACCAGUGGUAGCUGUAUCACUGUGGACUGAGAGGAUCCAGCAAUAGGGACAAAAAGAAAGACAGGUGGGAGUCGUAAGGAGCCCUAUAAUCGAGUGGGGCUACGGAGGGGCGACAGCCGUAAAGCCUGACUUGGUCAUUGUGAGUCCGCUAUGCUAUAAGAUGGCAUCGAGCUCUGUGUUUCUGUCCAGCAUGGUGGGCAAAGCUCGCUCCUCCAACUUCACCCUCUCUGAGAAACUGGACCUGUUGAAGCUGGUGCGUCCUCACAUCCGCAUUCUGGAGGAGCACACCAACAAGCACGCAGUCAUCGUGGACAAGAACAAGUGCUGGGACACCGUGGCCGAACUGUACAACGCCUUAGGAGGGGACCGACCCCAUCGCACGGCCCAGGGCCUCAGGACCCUCUACAAGAGGCUGAAGGAGUCGGCCAAGCAGGAAGUGAUGCAGCGGAGACACGCCCAGCCGGAGUACAGAGCCAGCAUCUCUGAGCCAACCAGGAGAAUCAUGGAGAUGAUCCCUCACCUGUUUCACCACGUGCCCAUCCAUGAAAAGGACCAGGCACUGCGCAGAUUAAUAUACAGCAAGCACAACUCUUCCCUCGAACAUCCCGGCAGCAGCUCCUCUCUGGCUGAACUCCAGGAUUACUCAGCAGCUGUCCCCAGUAUCCCCCAUGAGGUGGUCCAGCUGGACCCUGAAGAGGAUGUUAAGCCACCGCCAGAACUCCCCAUUCUCUCCACGCACACAGGGCCAGGGCUGGACGGCGGCCAGGAGCAGGACGGGGAGCAGGACAUGGACAGUGUGCAGGAUUACGAAGCAUCCCUGUCUCCUACGUCCUCCUCCGUAAACCUCCCCCUCUCCCCCUCGCCGCUGCCCUUACGCCACGACCUCUACCAGAACGACAUUUACCCCCACCACGAGCCCGACAGGUUUCGCCCUCUGCAGCUGGCCAAAGAGGAGCAUGAGCUUGUGUUGGCCAAUCACAGGAAGGUGGCUGUGUUCCUGGAGGAGAAACGAGAGGGGCUGAAGAGGAAGCAGGAGCUGGAGGAGGAACUUCUGAGAGCCAAGAUCAAAGUGGAGAAACUAAAGGCUGCUCGACUGAGACAUGGGCUGUCAAUUCCUCUAUAACAAGCACGAACACACACAAUUGUGAGCAGGGUCGGAACGAGAGAUGCCCCGGCGAGUCCCGGAUGAGCUCAUGAGUUUAGUGAGAGCUGUUUGUGAAUUAGAAUUUUCUGUGGAAACGUAUAGUGCCUCGUACAGACACCGAAUCCUGUGUGAUACUGCAGGACAAGGCAGACUCGUGUUGCCAUCCUUCCUCAUGUUGCUCGUCAAGGUUUAUAGUUUAUCGUCGUUCCUGCACUUUUUGACAGCAGAGGUGACAAAACCUGUAGAUGCUCGUUUUACAAACACUGUGAUGGACCAAAACAGGUCCAAUAAAUAUCAGAGUCCAGAUGUGGGAAGGGAACAUUUGUAGUUGUGAUCGAUGUGUACCCUGCGGGUACGUUCAGCCGCCAACACGUGAAAUACAAGAAUGUUAGCAUAGCAUUAAUGAUCUUUAUCCAAGAUUGUCUGAAGAUUUGCAGUCACUAUCAUAUCAGGGAGAUCGUUUAGUGCCCUGUUAAUUAUUUGUAAAUAAAAAGUCCACCUUGUAAGACAUCUGUAGGAAUCAGAUGUGAUAAACCUAUUAGGCAUUUCAGAGCAGGUACAAUGACUGAAGCACAAGUUAAACUUUCAAAGGCCUUAAAAUAUUACGCUAAUAAUGACAAAUUCAGUGCAUCAGGGUCAGUCCAAAAUUCUGCCUUGUUGCUAAGUCGACGGCCAGUUGAGUGAACAUAAGAAGGGAGCUGUGGUUUUGUGACGUAAUUGUUAUUAAGUAUGUAAGUACAGCAUCGAUUGUAUUGUAUCGUUGGUAUAUGAGUGUUGUCAGUCUAUUUUACAGUUUGUCCACAUGUUUGCUCAUUUCUAUUAAAAAAAACAAG